UGUGUGUGUGUGUGUGUGUGUGUGUGUGUGUGUCCUCGUCGCUCUCUUCGUCUCUCCUUCUAGCUGUCGGUCUGUCUGCGUACCUGUCUGCCUGUCUGUCAAUAACAAACACCUUAAAUAGUCAAAACAACAAAGAGGAAAAAAGAAGCUUCCUUAAGUGCAUUCUCUCUCUCUCUCUCUCUCUCUCUCUCUCUUUAGGUGAGUUUUAUUUUAAAGCCUUCCUCCAGAUCACAGUGCCAUAUCACUGAGACAUAUAUAGAGAAAAUAUAGAAAAAAAAAAAAAGAAACGGAGUCACGAAAGAUCCCAAACACACAGCACACAUAUGUACAAUAUUGCAUAAGUGUGAUUUAACUAUAAGUAUAACUUUUAAUGCCUCUAGAAUCCCUCCCCUCCCUAAAAAAAAAAAAAGAAGGUAGUUUUAACUUAAUUCUAUAUACUGUUGUUUAACUUCCGUGAUAACAUAGAUUAUCGUGUGUGUGUGUGUGUGUGUGUGUGUGUGUCAUCUGUGAGUGUGUAUCUAACAGCUUUCCUCGGCUCGGCACAGCGCAAGGGACAGAAAAACAUGGCUCUGAAGAAAUUGUUCUCUAGAAAUACGAAGAGGCAACCAGUCACCUCAAGGACCGUGCUCGUGAAUGGCCGCCCGCCGGAGGAGUCGUCGGAGCCCCUGACGAUGCCAAAAUACUUAAAUAACCAAAUAAAAACUUCAAAGUACACUUGGUUCAAUUUUAUCCCGAAGAAUUUGUUUGAGCAGUUCAGACGUAUUGCCAACUUCUAUUUCCUCAUCGUUACUUUGAUUCAGCUAUCGAUAGAAAGUCCGGUGUCCCCCAUGACGAGCAUCCUGCCUCUCGUGUUUGUGGUGAGCGUGACGGCGGUGAAGCAAGCCUACGAGGACUGGCUGAGGCACCGCGAGGACAACAAGGUCAACAACGCCCCUGCCACGGUGGUGAGGGAUGGCAAUGUCACGGAGGUGAGGAAUCAGGACAUCGUGGUCGGGGAUGUGGUCAUGGUGUCCGACGAGGAGGGUUUCCCGUGCGACCUGCUGCUGCUACUCUCCUCCAACCCCGAGGCCAAGUGUGAGGUGACCACCGCUAACCUGGACGGCGAGACCAACCUGAAAACAUUCGUGUGCCCCGGGGAGACGGAGUACCUGCACACUCCUGAGGACCUGUGGGACAUGAGGGCGGUGGUGGAGUGCCAGCUGCCACAUGCCAAUCUUUACGACUUCAAGGGAAGCCUAGAGGUGUACCGAGGCAACAGUCAGCCCGCUAAGGCGCCGCUGGCCACUGACAACCUGUUACUGAGGGGCGCUCGGCUACGCAACACGGCCUGGGUGUACGGUGUGGCGGUGUAUACAGGGAAGGAGACCAAAAUGGCUUUGAACUUGAAGAUGACCAGCGCUAAGUUUUCUACUGUCGAGAAGACAAUGAAUUACUUCCUCGUGUUCUACCUGGUGUUGCUGGUGCUGGAGAUUACAGUCAGCACCCUCAUCAAGUACCUGGUCUAUGAUUACCCCUUCAGGAAAGACAUGUGGUACCUGCCUGUCAGUGCUAACAGCGAGGUGGCGGUGAAGGACAUCGUACAAGAUACCUUCUCCUUCCUGGUGAUCUACAACUACGUCAUCCCCAUCUCACUCUACGUCACACUCGAGAUGCAGAAAUUCCUUGGGGCGAUGUUCCUGGAGUGGGACGACGAACUCAAGGGCGGCGAGGGCAACGAGAGGUGCAAGUGUAACACCUCCGAUCUGAACGAGGAGCUAGGACAGGUCAAGUAUCUGUUCACGGACAAGACGGGGACACUGACGGAGAACACCAUGUACUUUCGUCAGUGUUCGGUGGACGGCAUCAAGUACGUGAGCACGGAUGGGGAGAUACAACUGGUGAACGAAAGGAACAACAAUAAGACAAUGGCAGUGUCUCCGUGGCCCACUGCACUAGAGGACUUCUUGGUAACCUUAGCGCUGUGCCACACUGUGCAAGUCACCUCGAAGUCCAAGGCGAAGGGAGAGGUGACAGUGACAUCUGGCGACAGCAUACAGAUGGUGGAUCUCUCGCAGCGUUACCAAGCCUCUAGUCCUGACGAGAAGGCGCUGGUGGAGGCAAGUGCGAGCUUUGGCGUGGUGUUCCAGGGCCAGCGGAAAGACACCCUAGAGCUCACCGUGCAGGGACACAGCAGGAGGUAUACUCGCCUGCAGGUCCUCGACUUUGAUUCAGACCGCAAGUGCAUGUCGGUGGUGGUGCGCGAGGAGUGGUCGGGGCGGCUGUGGCUGCUGACCAAAGGCGCCGAGAGCAGCGUGCUGAGGCGCUGCCGCGUGCAGAGCGACGAGGAACAGCGACUCCAUGACACCACGGCGGCUCACAUCGACGACUACGCUCUGCUAGGUCUCCGCACGCUGGCGGUGGGUCGCCGGGAACUCAGCGAUCAACAGUACCAAUUGUUCGCCACCCAGCUGACCCAGGCACGAAUGAUGAUGGAGGGACGCGAGGAGGCGGUGAGGAAAGUGAUGGAUCAGAUGGAGGCGGAGCUGACCUUGUUGGGAGCCACCGGGGUAGAGGAUCUGCUUCAGGAGGGAGUCCAGGAAACACUCGAAUCCCUGCGGGUGGCGGGCAUCAAGGUGUGGGUGCUGACUGGCGACAAGGUAGAGACGGCGGUCAACAUCGCCUACUCUUGCGGUCACUUCAAGAGGUUCAUGACGGUGCUAUCCCUGACUGGCCUGCAGGACGCGGAGCACGCCGCCGCCAGGCUGCAGCAGUGCACGCAGGAGUCCCAAGCUGAGGGGAACUACGGGCUGGUGGUGGAUGGUUCCUCCCUACAGGUGCUCCUUGACAACUUUAAGGACGACUUCUACUCUAUGUGCUCCAGGUGCAUCGCCGUGGUCUGCUGCAGGAUGUCCCCCAAGCAGAAAGCAGAGACCGUGCGGCUGGUGAAGAAGAGCAAGGAGAAGCCGGUGUGUGCCGCCAUCGGGGACGGCGCCAACGACGUGUCUAUGAUCCAGGAAGCUCACGUAGGGCUGGGCGUGAUGGGCAAGGAGGGGCGGCAGGCGGUGAGGUGUGCCGACUUCGCCUUCGCUCAAUUCCGGUUCCUGAAGAAGUUGCUGCUGGUGCACGGCCACUGGUACUACGUGAGGGUGUCCACGCUGGUCCAGUACUCCUUCUACAAGAACGUUACCUUCAUCACGCCGCAGCUCUUCUACGCCAUUUGGAAUGCUUUCUCAACCCAGAGUGUCUACGACAGCCUGGCGCUUACAAUGUACAAUAUCACCUUUACCUCUCUGCCCGUCAUCAUCUACGGCAUCUUCGACCAAAACUUACCCGCCUACCUGCUUAUGGAAAAGCCGCACCUAUACAAAAAUAAUGCCAACAAUGCCGGGCUCGCCCCUCCACGGUUUCUCAAGUGGACUCUUUUGGGGUUGUGGCACUGCUCCGUCAUGUAUUUCGGGCUGAUGCUGACCUGCGCGGACGACACUUGUGGUCUUCCUGGCGGACAGACUUCGGAUUUGUUCCUAUUCGGCACCACACUUGUGUCUAUUUGUGUCGUAGUGACGAACUUCAAGCUGAUUCUGGAGGUGCGCUACUUCACUCAAAUAUUCUUCUGGUCCAUGGUCAUCACGCUGCUGGGAUACGCCGCCCUGUCGCUGCUCUACCAAGGCUUCAUCAUUGAUUUCUUCGGGAACUACGGCGUGUUCUGGACCUACUACCGCAUGUUCGAGAGCUGCUCCCUCAUGCUGGCCUCCAUCCUCCUCACCAUCACCUGUCUGCUUCCCGACGUGGUAGACCAGGUGAUCCUUGCCUCCAGGGACGCGAGAGUCAUCGAGAGACGCCACAAGAAGCAACGAGCCGUGUCAGUCAAAGCAUACGUCGGAAUCUACAACGACGCCUUUGUGUACGAUGACGGAAGGAGCGCGUGGGAGGUGACGCAGGUGAGCAACGCGCCGGACCCCCGCCACAACUCAACGUCAGCCGUCGCUCCCAGCGGCCCUGUAGUCGACAGUCCCGUCAUGCAGCAGCUCACCGUUGAGAAUUUACGGAAACUGGAAAAUAUAACAAUAGAAUAUGGCGAGACUAACAAUUUGGACACGAUCAUGGAGGAGAGCAGCAUAUGGUCUCAGGAGAGUGUUGUGAUCUGAUACCAGCAUCUCAGGCGGAGCGGAGUCUAGUCCAAGGCUGUGACCGCUAAAGGCGUUUUACAGAGUGCAAAGACGUGUCGGAAUAUAAACAUUAUUUAUACCCUAUUUAUACGAGAUUGUAAUGAUGUUCAGAUGACCCGCUGUGGUCGUGGCUGGAAUACCUAGUUAUGCCUUCCCUCAUCUCAGCAGUUUUAAGGUCGUGACUCGUCAGCUGCAUGUGGCUUGUCGAAGAAUCAUUUCAAACAAUGAAACAAAAAAAAAAAAGUGUUCCCACCGCCACGCCAUGAACGAAUACAUUUCCGCUGAGAAUUGCCGCCAAGGAAGGAGAGUGUCAGGAAAGUGAGAAAUGUUACUUUGUUUAAUUUUACUUCCGAGGUACAGUACAAAUACAGUCCCGUCCCAGCCAGCACUGCAGCACUGCAUGACAACACACCAACACACCACCUCCCCCUCCCUCAGGAACGGAGAAAGAGAAAGGCAUUGUGGGGAGAGAAAAGUCUCUAACACACACACACACAGACGAGAUGUGACAUAUCUUUACUGGUGCUACGUAAUCACAGUUUCGCUCACAAUUCACACACACCAAUUCACCAACUAAUGUUCCUUAAAGUCAAUAACCUCCAGUAUAUUAUUUAUUUCUACCCUGACUGAAGUUCCCGAAGGAAACGAAGACGGAGUGCCGUGAAGCUACUAAAGUUCCGUGACAGUGAUCCUGCUCGUGGUACUGUUUCGCUGGCUGGCUUCGAACCUUCCUCUUUCUACAGGAGCCUCGCACGCCAGGGACCCGAACACCUCAUUAUCGUGUCCUUCGGUGCUUCUGAAACUCCCCACUCUCUUCUUGUCCUUCCUUUUUCUCUUUCUCUUCUGUAAAACAAUGAUUAUUUAUUUUUUUUUUCUCCGAGUGAGCUGUGAUGUGAAAGAAAAUCUUUGAAAUAUA